GAAGUGUAGCACAGUUCGAGAAGGAACGGGCCGAUGAGCUUAUUCUUUUCCUGGCAUUUGGACAGCAAGGUAGCUAAAAAAGGUUGCUAGACCUUUGUUAGUGGAAAUUUUCGUAAAGUGUAGAUAGUGCAGCUUAAAAGUACGUGUAGAAACAGUAAAGUGCUUCAUUUGCAUUAAGCAAACGUCGAUUCUCAAAUGUGGCGCGCAACGCGACAAGAAGAAAUGUCCGGCUCGAACAGUAGGGGGCAAGUGAACGGAGACGGUCCGGAACCGCGGUCCAAGUUAAAUUUGGCAGCAAAGCCUUUCAUGUUGCCGUCGCGUCGCACGACUGCGGCCCCAUCCAGCUCGCAGGGCGACAGCAAUGGCAGCAGUAACAGUAGUAGCAAAAUUCAAGACAUUGCCUACAUUGGCCCAACCCAUCUUCCCGUUAACACACGCGUGUGGAACUCGAUUUCGUCCUUCUCGCUAGAAGACAUUGCCCGAACGGUGCCUCCUGCCCGACCUGCACAAAGCCAGAUCAUAAAUGUAUUCCCUAGCAAUGGUCCACCGGCAACAGCAAGCUGCUUAAAAUCUCCGUUUCAAAACCCGGCUUCCCAGACCUCCCAGUUUCCUUUCGGACCAAUUUUGCUGGACAAUGGAGUUAUACAGCUGCGCUUGCGGGAUUCGAUUACAGUGGACAUGACCGUGGAAGGCUCAGUCAAGGUUGUCAACGGCAACCAUAACAUAGCAAUAGCUGUUUCCAGUGAUACGAUGGCUACUGCGAUGCACCAUCCAAAUGGGAUCGUGUUUCAAAACGGCCCACGGGUCGAUAUUGCAGCGGUUGACGCAAGGCGCAAAUAUCCCUACAUCCGGUUUGCAAAAAUGUGGCAAAAAGGAAUCAGCCUAACCAGUGCGAGAUGUGCGCUGAUUUAUCUCGUCGAUGCGGCCGGUACGCGCACAACGUCUGAUAUGAUUAGCAUGGAUAUGGAAGCGGAUUAUGUGAACCAAGUUUUUUUCAAUGGUGUAGUGCCUGCUGCACACAACUACGUCGACCAGUGGCAAAUCAUCAGGAGCUCGAGCUACCAGCUGGGACAGGAGGGUAGCCUCCUGUUUCAGGUAAAUGGCUUCCGUAUCACGCAGGGCGGUGAUGGGUUGGUAAAAAUAUCUCGCUCCAACAACCGCUGCUCGAUCCGUACCAGCCCUACCAACGGUUGCGCGACUGUCACAACAAACGCCAUCCACUGCACAGCUUCACUGGGAACGUCCUCGCACCUGUUUGUUCGACGUGAAGAGCGUCGGAUGCAUUUUGACGGGGCUACGUUCAUCGUGCGCAAUGCUGGCCAUUCCGCUGGUUUUGAUGAGCUUGAUCGAUUGCGUGUCUAUUGAAGUGGAAGUGAAAGCACCUUCCACCAGCCUUUAGAAGGCCAUUAUCUUCAAAGGCCGAUGGCCGGGUGGGAGGCUGUUUUUAGUAUGCAUUGUAUCUCGUGCCAGCCCUGCACAUACAUUCUUCCAGGUGAUAAGCAAAUUGAAUUCCGCUAUUCGAUUGAAUUAGUCUGUUUAAAAAUUCCCCAUCAAUUAUUUAUGCGUUAACAGUCGUUAGAAGUGUACGUGUAUGGUCAGCAGAGCAGUAUUUCUAUCAUUGCCAAUAAAUAAAUCUAAAUUUCCUCUCAA